UCUAGUUCAUUUCAUUUCAUUCAUUUGUGUAUGUGGCAGCCGCAGGUGCAUUAUUCGUCAAGUCUUCAUACGAAUAAAAAAAUAUAUUAACCGGGCAGAUUUUCUUCAUGUUGGAUAAAAUUAAAAAAAACGCAAUACAAAGGGCUCGUUCGUAAGCAAUUUCAGUUUAUAAAGAGCACGGAAGAAAAGCAAUCAUGGCUCAGGUGUUGCCAAUACGCUUCCAGGAGCAUUUACAGCUCACAAAUAUAGGUAUAAAUCCCGCUUCAAUAUCAUUCAACACCCUGACCAUGGAGUCGGAUAAGUUCAUCUGUGUCCGUGAGAAGGUGGGUGACACCUCGGAGGUUGUCAUCAUUGACAUGGCGGAUCCCACCAACCCUAUAAGGAGACCCAUCAGCGCUGACUCUGCCAUCAUGAACCCAGCUAGCAAAGUCAUCGCUCUCAAGGGAAAGGCUGGAGUGGAAGCAGCGCAAAAGACCCUCCAAAUAUUCAACAUUGAAAUGAAAUCCAAGAUGAAGGCGCACACUAUGACCGAGGAUGUAGUUUUCUGGAAGUGGAUCUCGCCUAACACUUUGGCCCUGGUGACCAAAAUAUCAGUAUACCACUGGUCCAUGGAGGGGGAUUCGACACCAGUCAAGAUGUUCGAUAGACAUUCAUCUCUCGCUGAGUGUCAGAUUAUCAACUACAGAACCGAUCCUAAGCAGCAGUGGCUGCUACUUGUCGGUAUCUCGGCGCAACAGAAUCGUGUUGUGGGCGCUAUGCAGUUGUACUCAGUUGAGCGGAAGUGUUCUCAGCCGAUCGAAGGUCAUGCUGCUUCGUUCGCGACCUUCAAGGCUGAGGGUAACGCUGAGCUGUCUACGCUGUUCUGUUUCGCUGUGAGGACAGCACAGGGCGGGAAGCUGCACAUCAUCGAGGUUGGUCAGACCCCAGCCGGUAACCAGCAGUUCCCUAAGAAAGCGGUGGACGUUUUCUUCCCGGCUGAAGCCCAGAACGAUUUCCCGGUCGCCAUGCAAGUGUCACCCAAAUAUGACGUCAUCUACCUGAUCACCAAAUACGGUUACAUCCAUAUGUACGACAUCGAAACUGGCACCUGCAUUUAUAUGAAUCGCAUCUCCUCUGAUACUAUAUUCGUGACAGCACCCCACGAAUCGACCGGCGGAAUUAUUGGUGUGAACCGCAAGGGACAAGUUCUGUCUGUGACGGUGGAAGAGGAGUCCAUAGUGCCGUACAUCAACACGGUGCUGCAGAACCCUGAACUGGCGCUCCGGCUGGCUGUGAGGAAUAACUUGGCCGGUGCCGAGGAGUUGUUCGUCAGGAAAUUCAACAUGCUGUUCACCAACGGACAGUACGGAGAGGCAGCUAAGGUAGCGGCUAUGGCUCCGCGCGGGAUCCUCCGUACGCCGCAGACGAUCCAGCGGUUCCAGCAGGUGCCCACCCAGCCCGGGCAGACCUCCCCGCUGUUGCAGUACUUCGGCAUCCUGUUGGACCAAGCACAGCUCAACAAGUUCGAAUCGCUGGAGUUGUGCCGACCUGUACUACUGCAAGGUCGCAAGCAACUAUUGGAGAAAUGGCUGAAGGAAGAGAAAUUGGAAUGUUCAGAGGAACUGGGAGACCUUGUGAAGCAGGUCGAUCCCACUCUGGCACUGUCAGUUUAUUUAAGGGCGAAUGUAGCUGCCAAAGUGAUCCAAUGUUUCGCCGAAACCGGCCAGUUCCAGAAGAUCGUGUUAUACGCUAAGAAGGUGGGCUAUACGCCGGAUUAUAUCUAUCUCCUGAGAUCUGUGAUGCGUACGAAUCCCGAGCAAGGCGCAGGUUUCGCGGGUAUGCUGGUCGCCGAGGACCCGCCGCUGGCUGACAUCAAUCAGAUCGUGGACGUGUUCAUGGAGCAGAACAUGGUACAGCAGUGCACAGCCUUCUUACUCGAUGCCUUGAAGAACAACCGUCCCGAGGAAGGAGCCCUACAGACCAGAUUGUUAGAGAUGAAUCUGAUGUCAGCGCCUCAAGUGGCAGACGCGAUUCUGGGCAAUGGUAUGUUCACGCACUACGACCGCGCCCAUGUCGCUCAGCUCUGCGAGAAGGCCGGCCUACUGCAACGUGCUCUAGAGCAUUACACCGACUUGUACGACAUUAAGAGAGCUGUGGUUCACACACACUUGCUGUCCGCCGAUUGGUUGGUGAGUUAUUUCGGCACCCUAUCAGUCGAAGACUCCCUCGAGUGUCUUAAGGCGAUGCUACAAGCGAACAUUCGCCAAAACCUUCAGAUUUGCGUACAGAUCGCAACCAAAUACCACGAACAACUAACAACCAAGGCUCUCAUUGAACUAUUCGAGGGUUUCAAGACUUAUGAAGGUCUAUUCUACUUCCUCGGCUCCAUUGUGAACUUCAGUCAGGAUUCAGAAGUACAUUUCAAGUACAUCCAGGCUGCAUGCAAGACUGGUCAGAUCAAAGAAGUGGAACGCAUCUGUCGCGAGUCGAACUGCUACAACGCGGAGCGUGUGAAAAAUUUCCUUAAGGAAGCCAAACUUCCCGACCAGUUGCCUCUAAUCAUUGUGUGCGAUAGAUUCGACUUCGUACACGACCUCGUCUUGUAUUUGUAUAGAAACAGCCUCCAAAAGUACAUCGAGAUUUACGUACAGAAGGUAAACCCGUCAAGGCUGCCUGUAGUUGUCGGUGGCCUGUUGGAUGUAGACUGCGCUGAGGAUAUAAUCAAAAACCUCAUCCUCGUAGUCCGAGGACAGUUCUCCACAGACGAGCUCGUAGCUGAAGUCGAGAAGAGAAACAGACUAAAGUUGCUCCUACCAUGGUUGGAGACGCGGGUCCACGAGGGCUGCAACGAGCCAGCGACGCACAACGCUCUAGCCAAGAUUUACAUUGAUUCUAACAAUAAUCCCGAGAGAUUCUUGAAGGAGAACCAAUGGUACGAUUCCCGUGUUGUGGGUCGCUACUGUGAGAAGCGCGAUCCCCACCUCGCUUGUGUGGCGUACGAGCGUGGGCAGUGUGACCGCGAGCUGAUCGCCGUAUGCAAUGAUAACUCGCUGUUCAAGACUCAAGCGCGGUAUCUCGUGAGGAGACGGGACCAGGACCUCUGGCUGGAAGUACUGGCCGAGUCAAACCCUUACAAGAGGCAGCUUAUAGAUCAGGUUGUACAAACGGCUCUGUCGGAAACCCAAGACCCUGAGGAUAUUUCGGUGACGGUGAAGGCAUUCAUGACAGCUGAUUUGCCGAAUGAGCUGAUCGAGCUGUUAGAGAAGAUUGUCCUGGAUAACUCUGUGUUCUCUGAUCACAGGAACUUGCAGAAUCUGCUUAUUUUGACAGCUAUCAAGGCCGACCGCACCCGUGUUAUGGAAUACAUCAAUCGCCUGGACAACUACGACGCACCGGACAUCGCUAACAUAGCCAUCAAUAACGAGCUAUAUGAGGAAGCUUUUGCUAUCUUCAAGAAGUUCGAUGUUAAUACAUCAGCCAUUCAAGUCCUGAUAGACCAAGUGAAGGAUCUACAACGCGCUUAUGAAUUCGCCGAGCGUUGCAACGAGCCGGGCGUUUGGUCACAACUGGCUAAGGCUCAGUUACAGCAGGGAUUGGUGAAGGAAGCCAUUGAUUCUUACAUAAAGGCAGACGAUCCAUCCGCCUAUAUGGACGUAGUUGAUACAGCCACCAAACAACAGUCCUGGGAGGAUCUCGUCAGAUACCUACAGAUGGCUCGCAAGAAGGCUCGUGAAUCGUACAUAGAAUCCGAAUUGAUUUACGCUUACGCCCGCACUGGGAGGCUGGCUGAUCUCGAAGAGUUCAUCUCUGGUCCGAACCACGCCGACAUACAGAAAAUAGGGGACAGGUGUUUCGACGAUAAAAUGUACAACGCUGCUAAACUGCUCUACAAUAACGUGAGCAACUUUGCUCGUUUGGCCAUCACUCUGGUGCAUCUCAAGGAAUUCCAAGGCGCGGUGGACAGUGCCCGCAAGGCUAACUCCACUCGUACAUGGAAGGAGGUUUGCUUCGCCUGUGUCGACGCCGGUGAAUUCCGUCUCGCUCAGAUGUGCGGACUACAUAUAGUUGUGCAUGCUGACGAAUUGGAGGACCUCAUUAAUUACUACCAGGAUCGUGGUCAUUUCGACGAGCUGAUCAGUCUGCUCGAGGCUGCUCUCGGUCUCGAACGUGCUCAUAUGGGAAUGUUCACAGAACUGGCCAUACUUUACUCCAAGUACAAACCAGCUAAGAUGCGCGAACAUUUGGAACUAUUCUGGUCUCGCGUUAACAUUCCGAAGGUCCUUCGCGCCGCGGAACAAGCUCAUCUGUGGUCCGAACUAGUGUUCCUGUACGAUAAAUACGAGGAGUACGACAACGCUGCUCUCACCAUGAUGCAACACCCCACAGAGGCAUGGAGGGAGGGCCACUUCAAGGAUAUUAUCACUAAGGUGGCGAAUAUGGAGCUGUACUACAAGGCUAUCCAGUUUUACUUGGACUACAAACCUCUUCUUCUGAACGAUCUUCUGCUAGUGCUGGCUCCACGUAUGGAUCACACUCGUGCUGUGGGAUUCUUCACCAAGGCGGGCCACCUACAGCUGGUUAAGGCCUACCUGAGGUCCGUACAGAGCCUCAACAAUAAAGCUGUCAAUGAAGCACUCAAUUCCCUGCUCAUUGAUGAAGAGGAUUAUCAGGGCUUGAGGACAUCGAUUGACGCUUUCGAUAACUUUGACACGAUCGCACUGGCUCAGCAACUGGAGAAACACGAACUCACCGAGUUUAGAAGAAUUGCUGCCUAUUUGUACAAAGGCAACAAUAGAUGGAAACAGAGCGUCGAGCUUUGCAAGAAGGACGCUUUAUACGCUGAUGCCAUGGAAUACGCCGCUGAGUCCCGUCAGGCAGAUGUCGCUGAGGAACUGCUAGACUGGUUCCUUGAAAGACGCAACUACGAGUGCUUCUCGGCUACUUUGUACCAGUGUUACGACCUCUUGAAACCCGAUGUAGUUAUUGAACUGGCGUGGAGACAUAAUAUCAUGGAUUUCGCAAUGCCGUAUCUCAUCCAAACUGUACGCGAACUGACAACUAAAGUUGAGAAGUUGGAGGAAGCUGACGCCAAACGUAGCACAGAGAGCGCUGAACAAGAAGCCAAACCAGCAAUGAUUAUGGAACCACAGCUUAUGCUUACUGCAGGUCCUUCAAUGGCUUAUCCGGGUGUACCGGCCCAGUCACCGUACGCUUACGCGGCGCAGGCACCGUCCCCGGCGCCCUACCACGGCUACGGCAUGUAGGGAACCGCCCGGCCCUCAUGGGGCUCCUUCGCGCACUUUUGAGCGCGGCAUCAUAACACGCCCUAACAUAUUGGAAUGCUGUUGAAUACAUCCAUGUUGAUACCAAUCAUGAAUGUAUUCUACAGCUGGAGGGCGUGUUAUAAUAAAAAUCGGAUCGUCAAAUGUCAGUCUCUUUGCAAUUUUGAUAACAAUCUGACCUAAUACCGUUCAUAUUAAACUAUACAUAGAUUUUCUACAAAACGGGUUUAUUCUAAGCGACAAGGCCUAAUGUAGGUUGACGUUACAGCUAACUCAGAAAUGCGGAGAGACUCAUUUAGUUUGGAUGUCCUAACAGACGGACUGUUGGAUGCAGCAUGUAUUCUAUACCUCUAAAAUAUAUUACGUACCUUCAAUGAGUAGUGAAAUGUUCUAAAAUUAACUUUAAUCGUUGUUGUUUGUAGGAGUUUGACAGCCUUAAAAAAAUAUAUAAAGUCUGCUUUACCCGAUCAAUAUUUAGAAAUUUUACGCAUACAUGAUGUAUUUUUGAAUAUCUUAUUGAAUCUGUAGUUCGUAGUGAUCGCGUGCUCAAACCUGUAACCGUUUUGAACCAAUCGAAUAUUCAUAUUAAACGCUAAGACUAAAAUAUACAAAAGAUUAGAGAAAUUUAUUAUAUUAAAAAAAAAAAAGAAAGUUGAUUAGGCGUUUUGCUACAUCCUGAGCAGAUUUAACCAAAUUUUAGAUCUGCCAGAGCUUAAUUGUAACAUUGAGUGCGUAUACAUAAAUGUCUACGUACCUUGUGCUUGAACGAUAACACAUUUAAAGCCAAGUAGCGUUUAGAUGGGCACACGAGAAAAUUAUUCGAAAUUAUUGAAUCAUAUAUAAUGGUUAAGAAGUAAUUACAGAUAUUGUUCACUAGUUAAUUUAUUUAAUUAAUAUUUGGAGGGCGUGUUCAGGUACAUUGAAAUAUUUUUGAGACUAGUAAUCGAGUUACAUAGUGCAAUAGACCAUAAUAAUUUGUGUCGCUUUCAAAUUUAAAAAUAGAACAACUGAUACACAACAUUGUUCGAUGUACAAAAAUGAAUUCGUUAAAUUGUUAUAUGAAUAUAAUGCUUGGAGAAAUAUCUAGUAUGUGGGGGACCUUUGAGAACAGCUUUUAAUAUUUAUGGUUAUAAGUAAAGUAAACAGUAGGUACGUUUAGUGAUAGUCUAGGCUGCGUUAGUGGUGAUGUUAUAUUAUUUGAUUCAAUGUUUGUAUUGGACACGCGUUGCUUGCGUUGCGUCUUGUCACACCUUGAUAUGCCUUCAUAGUUGAUGUUAAGAUUAUUGAUUAUUGUAGUUGAACCGGUUGUCCUCCGGGACGUUUUGUUAUUGAGUGUCAGUGUAACUUUCUUUACAUAUAACGUGUAGUGUCUUACAAGCUUACGAUAUUAUAAAAUAUCCAAAAUUUAUUUAAGCAUAGUAAGUUAAUAGCGUUUUGUAUUACGUUUAUAAUAAAUUAAAUGAAUCAUCUCAAUCAUUCCCUUCAUUGAAUCACCGCAACCAAUGUUUAUUAAUUAUUAUUAUUAUUAUUAUUUUAAUAGAGCUAAUAAUAUUAUAAGACAGAAAUUCAUUGUUUAAUUAAUACAUUAUUAGUAUUGUAUUUAUUCGUGUAUGAUACUAUUCCCCUGAUUUUUAUUGUAAGAUUAUAUUAUAUGAAUAAA